CCAGCAGCCCCCGGCGCGCAUGGUUCGGGCAGGCUUCUUUAAGCUUUGGGAGUGUUUCCCAUUUAAACAAACAUAGCUAAUGCUGAAGAUGGCGGAUGCGUAGAAGUGGUUUAAAGAAACUGGAGUGUUUCAUUGGAUACAUUUAAACCGGUGCUGAUAUGUUUUAAACAUGAGCGGAGUGGGUGAGAACUCACUUGAGCCGUUGUGCUCGGACCGAAAGCGCAAACUCUCCACAUGUGACACACCAGGACAAGGAUGUGAUAAGCGCAGGAGGGAACAGGAGAGCAAGUACAUCGAGGAGCUGGCCGAACUGAUUUCGGCCAACCUUAGUGACAUCGACAGCUUCAAUGUCAAACCAGACAAAUGUGCCAUCCUUAAAGAGACAGUGCGCCAGAUACGACAGAUCAAAGAGCAAGGUAAAAGCUCAUGUGGCAAUGAUGAUGUCCAGAAGGCGGAUGUGUCCUCUACCGGUCAAGGGGUCAUCGACAAGGACCAUCUGGGCCCUCUGUUGCUGCAGGCUCUGGAUGGGUUUUUGUUUGUGGUGAGUCGUGAAGGCAGCAUUGUGUUUGUGUCAGAUAAUGUGACUCAGUACCUGCAGUAUAAACAGGAGGAGCUGAUUAACACCAGCAUCUACAACAUACUGCAUGAGGAAGACCGAGACGAACUGCAUAAAAACCUGCCCAAAAACAAUGGUCCCAACAGUGUGUCAUGGGGCGGUGAUGCCUCCCGUCAGAAGAGUCACACGUUUAACUGUCGCAUGCUGGUGAAGUUUGGCCAUGGCGGUCCUGGAGGUGAAGAAGGCGCCGGUGGGCCUCGCUAUGAGACCAUGCAAUGUUUCGCCCUCACACAGCCUAAAGCAAUGAUGGAGGAAGGGGAAGAUCUGCAGUCUUGUAUGAUUUGUGUAGCACGGAGAGUGACGGCAGUGGAAAGGACAGAACGAUUCAGUACUAGACACGAACUGUCAGGUAAACUGAUCGAGAUCGAGCAGCAGAGCCUGUUGCACACCACCAUGCGUCCUGGCUGGGAGGAUUUAGUGCGCAGGUGUAUGCAGAUGUUCCUGAAUCGCAGAGAGGGUCAGUCCUGGUCCCACAAGAGACACUAUCAUGAAGCAUAUGUUCAUGGUAGAGCAGAGACUCCACCCUAUCGGUUCUCUUUGUCAGAUGGCACUCCAGUAACGGCACAAACGCGCAGUGAGCUCUGCCGAAACCCUGUCACCAAUGACCCGCUCACUUUCCUCUCUACUCAUCUUCUGCAGAGGGAGCAAAACGGAUACCGACCCAAUCAGGGUGGUGUAAUGCGAUCAGUUAUGGGCAAUGCCAAUCCGAAUGCCCAGAUGGGCAUGGGCAAUACCAGAGGCUAUGGCAUGAACGAGCAAGGUCACAUGGGACCCAGAGGAGGAGCUAUGUACGGCCCAGGCAACAGGAUGAAUCAAAUGAACUCGAUGCAUCAGAUGAAUCAAAUGAACCAGAUGAAUUCAGUGAAUCAAAUGAAUAUGAAUCAGAUGAAUUGCAUGAAUCAGAUGAGCACUAUGAAUCAGAUGAAUCAAAUGAAUCAGAUGAACUCCAUGAAUCAGAUGGGCCAUCCCGGCGUGAAUCAGCACCAGCAGGGUCAGUUUCACGGUGGAGGCUAUGGAAUGGGCAUGACAAGUCCCUCCCAAGGAAGCCCUGGUAUGAACCCUGCUCAGCAGAAUCUCAUGGGGUCUCCACGGAUACGAGGAAGUCCUAAAAUGGGUGCAAGUCCUUUCUCACCUGGAGGCAUGCACUCUCCAAUGGGUCCUGUGGGAAUGGGCGGCAGUGGUGGAUCUUCUGGUCCAUCAGUUGGCAACACUUUCUCCAAUAGUUCUUUGAAUGCUCUCCAGGCCAUCAGUGAAGGCGUUGGCUCUUCUCUACCUUCAGCUCUCAACUCACCUGCCCACAAAUCCGACAGCUCUCCCAGCAUCAACUCAACCCAGUCCAGUCAGCAAGGCCAGACCGGCAUCAGCAAACCCAGCGCUGGGGAUUCCAAGAGCCCGUCAAGUGCUCACAGCACAGGUUUAGAGCAACAACAGGCUUCUUCAUCAGAGACCACGGAUAAACCAGACAGUCAGUCCAGCAAGGAUGGUUCCACUGCAGCCGAAGCCAACCGGAGAGUCCCUGAUGGAAAGGGCCACAAGAAGUUACUUCAGUUGCUCACAUCCCCAACUGAAGAGAUUGGGAUUGGGUCUGGUGGACCUGUCCCAGGUCGUGCCUCCACUCCAAUGGGUCCUGACUCAAAGGAGGCAGGAAGUGGCAUGAUGAGUCCUUCAUCGACGGGAGUGUCCUCCUCAUCGGGGAAUAACGUCAAUCAGCAAGGCUCGGGAGGUGUGUCGUCCACGGCUUGUCCCGGUGGCCAACACGGCUCUCACAGCUUACAGGAGAAACACAAGAUACUCCACAAACUUCUUCAAAAUGGAAACACACCCGACGAGGUCGCUCGCAUCACAGCUGAGGCCACUGGUAAGACCUCUCUUGGUUCGGAGCACCCGGGCGCUGAGGGGAGGAAUCUAGAUCUCAAGCAGGAACAGCACAGCCCGAAAGAAGGAAAAAAACCACAAGCCCUCCUUCACUACCUCCUCAAUAAGGACGACUCCAAAGAGCCCAAUGCAGCAGAGGUCAAGCCAAAGCUGGAGGAGCUGGAAGGGAGAGGGGUCACUGGAGGGCAGGGGUCAGGGGUCACAACCUCAAAUUCUAACAGCCAGGAGGGCAAAGUCAAGAUCGAACCUCCUGAUGAGCUGGAUAAUUUGGAGAGUAUUCUCGGAGGGCUGAGGAAUUCUGGUUCUGGAAUGUUUGCUGAUUCUGGAACUGGAGGAACGGAAGGGGGCAAUAAGCAGGGCAAUGGACCUAACAGCACCGCACAUGACCGGGAGGGUGUUGGUAUGGGCUCUGGCCAACGUGUGCCCUUCCAGAGGGCUGUGUCUGUCGAUGGUAAACCCCUGAGCGGUCCGGGCAUGACUGGUAGGAGGAGCGCCCCUUCCUCUCUUGUCAAACAAGAGCAUACUGACAUCCUGAUAGGCAUGGGAGGUCCAAACAGGCCAAUGGGAAUGCCUAAUCGGCCCCCCAUGGCAGGUGCAGGAGAUUGGGGAAUGUCCGGUUCCGGCAGCCCUGUCGGACACCCUGGCAUGGGUCGCACAGGCAUCGACCACAAUCCCAAGAGCAUGAUGGGAGGACCCAUGGUUAACCGAUCAAACAGCGUUCCUGCAACCAGAUCUAUGUUGCAGCAGCAGUUAAUGGAUAUGGGGCCUUAUGAUGUAGGAAUGGGUAUUAAUUCGUUCAGUGGGCAGGCACCUCCACCACAGUCCCCUUCAUGGCCAGACACUGGGAUGGGAAUAGAGGGAGCACAGAAUGCAAACAGGCUGCCAUUUAAUAACUCUCUGGAUGACCUUCUGGUCCCUCCGUCUACCACUGAGGGUCAGAGUGAUGAGCGAGCUUUGCUGGACCAGCUGGACUCUCUACUCAACAACACUGACGUCAUCGCUCUGGAGGAGAUCGACCGUGCCCUUGGCAUACCAGAUCUCAUCAACCAGGGUCAUAGUUCAGACCAGCCCCCUCCGACAGACCCCUUCUCUGGUCCUUGUCCGGGACCUGACUCCUCUAUGGGUAUGGACCCCAAGGGCAUGUAUGGGCAGGGCUACCCGGGCCCUCCUUCCAUGGGAAUGCAGGGUGGAUAUGGCCGUGGUCCCAACCCUGGUCCUGGUCCCAUGCCAGGGCAGUCUGGACCAGGGUUUAACCCCAUGAUGAGUCAGAUGAAUCAGCAGGGUGGCUUCCCCGGAAUGGGCGGUAUGGGCGCUAUGCAUCCUCGUGCUAAUAUGACAAGGCCUCGGAUGGGGAAUCCGACCAGAUACCAGCUCCAGCAGAGACUGCAGGGACAGCAGUUUUUGAACCAGAGCAGGCAAGGCAUGGGGAUGAGGCCAGAUAACAACCCUGCAGGAAACCCUGGCAUGAGACCUAGCAUGCAGCCAGGCAUGGGCGGCCAGCCUGGUUUCCUGAAUGCACAGAUGAUGGCCCAGCGCAGCAGAGAAAUGAUGAAUCUUCAAACAGAGAUGAGAAGACAGAGGAUGAUGAUGAUGAUGCAACAGCAGCAACAGCAGCAGGUUGCAGCCGGAGGCUUCAGUCCCCCUCCUAAUGUCACAGCUCCCACAGGAAUGGACAACCCUAUGGGAGGCCCGCCAAUGACCCAGCCUGGCCAGCAGCCUUUUAACUAUGGAGGUGGCUAUGGUAUGGGCCAGCAGGGGGAUCCUUCAUUUGUGGGAACAGGCAGCAGCCCCCCUACUAAUAUGAUGUCUGGCCGUAUGGGUGGCCCUCAGAAUCCCAUGAUGCAGCAGCACCCUCAGAGCAAUCCCAUGUACCAGUCUGCAGAGAUGAAAGGCUGGGGACAGGGGCCUAUGCCCAUGAAUAAUUCAUACUCGCAGCAGCAAUAUCCCCAGCAGGGGGCGCCGGGGCAGUAUGGGGGAAUGAUGAUGAACGGUUCCAUGCAAGGAGGUGUAAAUGGCAACGGUUCAGGACAGAUGCCCCCAAUGCAGGGCCAGAUGGGCAUGAACGCCAUGGGUAUGGGACGCAUGCCAAUGGGACCCGAUCAGAAGUACUGCUGAGGAGAUGAGCCAUCUCUGUCAAAGCUGGAUUCGAACUCGGACUCACACAUCAGUCCAGUGAGGAAAUGUCAGCAUGAAGCUAUAAAAUCCACCUCGUAGGGGAUAAAUCACUGGAGAUCUCCAGUGAAAACUUGACUGGAAAGAGAUGGAUAGGGAAAGAGAGAGAGAGAGACUCAAGCCUUCUCUGUGGGCUUCUUUCUGAAUAUGCCCAGUAGCGAGUGCAGAAGGCUCUCUCCUGUCCCAUGUGGCGGUACUGCAGUACACAACAUAACCACCAGGGGGAUCAGAGCAGGAAUGGAUGUGGUACAACUCGACAGUGUGGGGGAGCACUUUAUUUUAAGGCUAGUAUGAUAAAGGAUAGUUGCAAUAUAUUUCUUGCUUUUCUAGCCUUAUAGAACGAUUAUGUGCAUAUUGUCUAUUUUGAAUUUGUUUCGGACAAGCCUCGUUUUAAAGAAAACCGUGGGAAUUGUAAACACCAGAACUUCAUCACUUACGCAUAUCAAAGCAAUAAUCCUCCUCUCAAUGCCACCGGCUCAAAGUGGUGUGUCAACAAAAAGCAAAUGGUACUGCAGUAUUAGACAGGAUUUUUCUUUUCUUUUUUUUCCCUUUUUUUUGUGUGAAUAAGAUUGGAAUUGUACAUACUGUAUGCUACAUAUGUAUCAUACAUGCUUUUACUACAUACUUUUUUUGCACAUAGUUUGGGCCCGGUUAGGUCCAUCUUAUCUAUAUUUUAGGUCAAUACUGCUCUGGGUUUUACAUAUAUUUUAACUUUUGUCAAAGGGAGAAAAUAUUUGAUUUUUAUCUUUUCCAGCACAGCUUCUUUUUCUUUCUUUCUUCUUUUUUUUUUUGUCCAACAGUGACUGCCAUUAUGUUUGGAUGGCACUUUUUCUAACAUCACAGAAAUGUUAUGCAGUGAUGGUUUCAUAAUUUUAUUUUCAUUUCUAUUUGUUCCCCUGACCGAAAAAAAAAACCUUUUCAAUGAUACGCAAAGAUAAUGUUUGUUGUUGCUUUUUAAGAUAGCUCUUAAUAAGAAAAAUUGCUCACUUUCUCACUGUCUCGUACUGUUGGUUCUUCAGAAAUCUACCUUUAAGAAACAUGCACAAUCCAAAGAUAUUUUUUCAGUCUUUUUUUUCCUGUUUUCUCAAGUUUGAUUACAGAAAUGUAUCCAUUUAUAUGUUUUUGCGCAAAUGCGCAGAGUAAAAGGUACAUAUCAUAUGAACAUAUUACUACAUAUUAUGAUUUUGUACUAUAUACUGUAUACAUACAAAACCAAGUAUACCUGUUUAUUUUUGAGGCCAGUUAAUAUUUUAGCAGUAUUGUCUGUGCUUUUGGAGGGUUUCUCUAUCAUGUGGUUUAUUCGCUCUUCAGUUUAAGUUUUGUAAGAUUUUUGAUGAUUAUGAAUUAUCUACAGAACUGCCAAGACUCAUAACUUGUAACUACACACCUCGUUUUAAAACUUUUCCUAAACCACUUUUAAGAGCCUCUUGGAUGCGCUUUUUAAAAGUACGAGUAAUAAGGAAUCCAUUCUGACAAAGGUGCUCAUCCAUGUGUCUCUGUAGUGUAGUGAAGUGAUCCUCGGCCGCUUCAUUAGUCCAGUCUUUACCAUCAGUGACUUCAAAUAGUGCUGAUUCCCAGAUGUGGGAAUGAAAUACAGUGGGUAAACUAAUAAUACAUCAUUCUCUUCAGUCUUUUCAGGAAAGCAACACUAUCAUUUGUGUUCAUUUCGCUAGGUUACUGUUGAUUGUGACAAGAGUAUAUUUUGAAAUGAUAAUUCCGGGAAAUUGAGGUUAAUGUGGUGUGUUUUCAGAAUUGGUUGACUGAGGGGUGUUAACAUGGAAGAUAAGCUCACAUUUUACAGGAUGUAAAUUACAAUACACUUAAUUAUUUUGCUUGAUGUUGAUAUUGUUGUAAAUAAAAGUUCUAUUUAAACGGGA